UCGCGUUUAAACGCACAGUAAAAGAAAGAAAUGCUAAAGCAGGCUCUCCGAGUCCGAUUUGGUGCUAUCUCUUGUUCACCCGCCUCCUCGACGAUGCUCUCUUCUUCGUUUUCUUCUUCUUCUUCUUCAGUUCUCGCUCUCAGAAAUAAGAACCCUAGCUCUCUCCUUCCUUCUAGAUUCUUCAGAAAUGGAUUCGUCAACAACCGAGUCGUUUUCUCCUCUCACUUUCCACGCGCUGUUUCCUUACGGUGUUUCGCUUCUUCAAGCGGUUUCGAUAGGGUUCAAGUUCUAAAUCCGAUUGUCGAAAUGGACGGUGACGAAAUGACGAAGAUUAUUUGGAGUAUGAUAAAAGACAAACUUAUAUUCCCUUAUUUGAAUUUGGAGGUGAAAUACUUUGAUUUGGGGAUAUUGAAUCGUGAUGCUACUGAUGACAAAGUUACAGUCGAAAGUGCUGAAGCAGCUCUAAAGUAUAAUGUUGCCAUCAAAUGCGCCACAAUCACUCCCGAUGAGACAAGAGUAAAGGAAUUGGGGCUGAAAUCUAUGUGGAGAAGUCCUAAUGGAACAAUUAGAAACAUCUUAAAUGGUACUGUCUUUCGUGAACCUAUCCUAUGCAGGAAUAUACCAAGAAUUGUUCCUGGUUGGAAGAAACCCAUAUGUAUUGGAAGACAUGCCUUUGGUGAUCAGUAUCGAGCCACUGAUACAGUGAUUACUGGACCAGGAAAGCUCAAGAUGGUAUUUGUCCCAGAAGGCGGAGACAAGCCAGUGGAGCUUGAUGUCUAUAAUUUCAAAGGCCCUGGUGUAGCACUUGCUAUGUAUAAUGUGGAUGAGUCAAUUCGUGCUUUUGCCGAGUCCUCUAUGUCUUUGGCUUUUUCGAAGAAGUGGCCUCUUUACCUGAGCACAAAAAACACUAUUCUGAAGAAAUAUGAUGGCAGGUUUAAGGACAUAUUUCAGGAAGUGUAUGAACAAAACUGGAAGGGCAAGUUUGAAGAACAUUCAAUAUGGUAUGAACAUCGACUAAUUGAUGACAUGGUGGCGUAUGCUGUAAAGAGUGAAGGGGGAUAUGUUUGGGCAUGCAAAAAUUAUGAUGGAGACGUCCAAAGUGAUCUACUUGCUCAAGGAUUUGGUUCUUUGGGCUUGAUGACUUCUGUGUUGCUGUCUUCUGAUGGGAAGACACUAGAAGCUGAGGCGGCUCAUGGGACUGUAACACGACAUUUCAGGCUUCAUCAAAAGGGACAGGAAACCAGUACAAACAGCAUUGCUUCCAUAUUUGCAUGGACAAGAGGGCUGGAGCACAGGGCAAAACUAGAUGACAAUGACAGGUUGCUGGACUUUGUUCACAAGUUAGAGGAUGCUUGCAUUGAGACAGUGGAGUCAGGGAAAAUGACCAAGGAUCUUGCCCUUCUAAUCCACGGGCCUAAGGUAACCAGAGAGUUUUACUUGAAUACGGAAGAAUUCAUUGACGCUGUUGCAGUAAAUCUUGAGUCGAAGCUUCGGAAACCAGCAUUGAGCAACUAGACUUGGGUAAAUUCUGAUGUUGGAAGACUUAAAAUGUUGAGUGCAGCAAAUCAUAGCUCCAUUUAAACACAAUAAUAUGAAUAAACCAUUCUUAGAUGACAUCAAAUAACAGGCCUUGU